UCCUCUUUGAACAAAUCAGUUAUGGUCAGUUGUUCUUACGGAACGCUGUCUUCAGAUGUCGGCCAUGCAGACACCUGGAACAUGAGUUUUGGACUAAGUCAGCUUGGACUGGAUGAGACCACCACAUGUGAGUUUAAUGGGAUGUCCUUCCCAUUAUCAAAUGUCUCAAGGACCUCUAGUGAGGACUCGCAUGGGAGACCUGGAACCAGCAAUGAUGCAACACAUAUGGAAAGUCACCGUCUUUGGACGAAAGGAGAAAAUUCCAGACAGGUGGCUCCAAAGCCUCCAGAAAGCAGUUUUUCAUAUGCAAAACCUCACAAAGACGUGUUCAGUGCUUUGCAGAACAUAGAGUGUAAAGUGUGUGGUGAUAAGGCCUCGGGGUACCACUAUGGAGUCCAUGUAUGUGAAGGAUGUAAGGGCUUUUUUCGGAGAACGGUUCACUUAAAGUUGAUGUACAAAUAUUGCGGCUCGAACUGUCGCAUUCACAAAAAGAGCCGGAACAAGUGUCAGUUCUGUCGCUUCAAGAAGUGUAUUUUGGCAGGAAUGUCACACGCUGCUAUUCGUUUUGGUCGAACGCCCCUAGCUGAGAAAGACAGGCUGAUAUCAGAAUUCCGCACAGAAGUAGGCCAGUUGGACCCACAAUCUGCAAAUUUGCAGGCUCUUGCCAAGCACUUAUAUGAUUCCUACCUCAAACACUUCCCUCUGACGAAAAGCAAAGCAAGGGCCAUUCUAUCAGGAAAGGAUGGUGAACAUACGCCUUUUGUCAUCCAUGAUAUGAAGUCUCUGAUAGCUGGGCAGGAAAUAUUAAACUCCAUACAGACCCCUCCUCUCCCUAUGCUGACCCCUGAGCCGCUCCCAUCUCAGGAGCUCAGCGAGGAGGUAGAACUUUCCUUCUUCCGUCAAGUCCAGUUCCGUCAGGCUGCAGGAGUCCAGCAGGUCACCAAGUUCGCCAAGAGCAUCCCAGGCUUCACGAAGUUGGACAUAAAUGACCAAGUGACCAUGUUAAAAUACAGCGUUAUUGAGGUGCUGAUCAUCUGCCUGGUAAACUUCACCAAUAAGGACGGUGCGUUGAUGGCCUACGGUGAUGUCUUUGUGACCCGAGAGUUCCUCAAGAGCGUGCGGAAGCCAUUCUGUGACAUGAUGGAGCCAAAAUUUGAGUUUUCAACAAAGUUCAAUACACUGGAGCUGGAGGACUGUGACCUGGCACUUUUCAUCGCCGCCAUCAUUCUCUGUGGAGAUAGACCCGGUUUGGUGAAUGCAAAAGCUAUCGAGGAGCUGCAGGAUGAGGUUCUGCAGGCUCUGGAGCUCCAGCUGAAAACUCUUCACCCUGAAUCACCCCAUCUCUUCGCCAAACUGCUGCAGAAGAUGACAGACCUCCGGCCCCUGGUGGCCGAACAUGUCCGCAUCAUUCACCUGCUGAAGAAGACUGAGCUGGACAUGUGCCUUCACCCGCUCUUUAAAGAGAUCAUGAAGGAUCUUUACUAGAGAGUCUAUCUGAGGAUGAAAGGAGGAGCUUUUGUCCUUUUUGCUAGCGAUGUGAUGCAGCCUAAGCUUCCACAAACAUGUGAACAGGAGAAGAAAGAAUUUUACCAACAAAAAUCUACCAACUACUGCCACCAGUAAUGAUAAGCUGUUAAUAUGUGGAUAAAAACGUUCCUUAUUUUCUGUACAGCAAGCAAUUUAAUAACCUCACAAAACCAGGAAAAUGAAAAUACACAUGUAUCCACCACAUCAGCCUACAGCAGGUUGGCACCACCUAUUUUCACUGAAGCUUUGCUGCAUAAAGCCACACAAAACCAUUAGAGAAACAUCAAAAUACAAGAAAAAUGUAGGAUAUGGGCCCUUUAAUAGAACAUUUUUAAUUACAAAUUGUUUUAUCAGAAUAACACGUUGAGUGAAAAGUAGAAUAUAUGAAGUUUUAGUAAUUUUAGUAUUUGAUGGUAUGUCCCUCUUUUGCUUUAAUGAGAGCAAGCACUCAAGCUCAACCCCACUGAGUACAUUUAUCAAAUACAUUUGAAAAUGUAUGAAAAUGGCCACAAAUAUAUUUUUACUUAAUGUAUUUUAGUGACUGAAAUACAUUCUGGAAUAAAACAAUACAUUUACAGUGCAUAUUACAAAUACAUGGCCAUAUUUUCCAAAUGGACUUUGUGAAAAAGCUUCUGAUGAGCAGAUCAAAUCCACCUGAGAGUCGUCUGAACAUGAGCUGCAGUGGAACAGAUAAGACCAAAAACAAUUUGGAAUACAGCACUACGAAUAUAUUUUGGUUAAAUUUCGCUGAUUUUAAAUUAAAGUGACUCAGAAAUAGAGCCAGAUCUUCAUUAUUUCUUUCAUUGUGGUGUUUUUUUGGACAUCACUGUAUUUACAAAUAGGUUUACUAUAACAAGCAAUUUAAUUCUAAACAUAUGAGGCUAAAACCUGAUAAAUCAUUUUAAAAAACAGGCAGAUUAUCUUGUUUUUGUCCUGGAUAUCAAAACCAUAUCAGCAAAUAUGGAAUGAAUCCAGACCAGUGUUUUCAGCUGCAGCAGUUCUAAUCUGUAAGAAAUAAAAUACAAUCAAUUUUUUAUAUUCAUAUACAUGCAUAUAACAGAAAACAGCUGAGAAUACAUUGUGAAGGAAGUGAAAACUUCAACUUUUCAUUAACUGGCUGUGCAGACUGGCAGUAAUCCAGCAAUGCAGAAGUCAAUGACUUCCACAAGGGGGCGCCCUAUUUCUUCUUUUUUUUUCCUGCCUGUCCAUCUCCAUUAAUGAACAGUGACCUCUGU